UGGAACCAACAACGAGCUGUUUGGUGAAGAAAAGGGUGAUCGUCGAAUCGCCGAACUCUCUCUCCCCUCUUCACAGAGAUUAAGGUACAGCUUCUCCGGGAACCAAACAUAUUCUCCGAAGAUCGAAGCCGGCGAAUUGGUCGGAUUCUCUCCUGUGUCGCCAUGGCAGUCGUAUCUGAUGACACCACCAGAAUAUGCAGUCACUGCGAAAGAUCUAUUCCUUCCUCGAACAUCGAUCUACACUAUGCCCAUUGCUCUCGGAAUCUUGAAAAAUGUAAAGUUUGUGGGGACAUGGUUCCUAAGAGACAUGCUGAGGAACAUUUCUUGAACACCCAUGCUCCGGUUUCUUGUUCGCUGUGCAGUGAGAUGAUGGAACGUGAUAUUUUAGCUGUUCAUAGAGGAGAAAACUGCCCUCAAAGGAUCGUCACUUGUGAAUUCUGCGAGUUCCCGUUGCCUGCAAUUGAUUUGGCUGAGCAUCAGGAGGUUUGCGGAAGUAGGACAGAACUUUGUCAUCUUUGCAACAGAUACAUUAGAUUGCGAGAAAGGUAUAAUCACGACCGUCGCUGUGAGGGUAUUCCAGAUCAUAGUGCAGGACCUUCCAGUAACGUCAGACCACCUCAAGGAGAGCGUCCUCCACAAGGGCGACCCAAUGAGUUCUCUCCAAGGCGCAUCUUAUUCACCAUCGCAAUCACGGGGAUUGCUGUUCUGUUGGGUUCGCUAUUCUUCCAGAAAAAAAUGGAGAACAAUCAGGUGCAUUGAGUUUGUCCGUGCAGCAGCAGACGCACAUCCCAUCGAUGUACAUCGGCUAUGAAGCUCUUCAUUUAUAGAGGCUGGGAAUCGUCUGAAACGAUACUAUUGUAAUGAUAAUUAGGUACAUAUGGAUAUGGGUUGUCGCAAUAGAUUUGCCUGUGCCCAAACGCUCAAUUGACGCGGCUUUCCUUAGCUUUGUCACAAACUUACCCUCAUCGUCGUGGCUGUGAACUUUUUGCCUUGUACUCAUGCUGUAUUCUUAGCAGUGGUUUAACUAGACUUCUAUUACAGCUUCAUUCAGAAACUCAAGUUGAAUUUC